AUGACUGUGAUCUGCGUCCUCAUCUGGACUCUCCUCUGCUGCUGCUUCACAGGUAAAGUCCAGAGAAUCCAACUCCUCUCCUCUAUGAACAUCCGUCCCUCUGAAAUGAAGCCCACAAAACCAUGACGCUGCUUUCUGUGUUUGUCUCUGUAUCCUCAGAGUCCAGUGGACAGGUCACAGUGGCUCAGCCUGCAGCUGUGACCUCUGCUCUGGGAGGAACCAUCACCAUCCCAUGUAGGACCAGUCAGGAUGUGUUUGUUUAUAACAACAACCAGCGUUUAGCCUGGUACCAACAGAAGGACGGAGAAACUCCUAAACUGCUCAUUUAUGAGGCUAGCACUCGAUACUCAGGGAUAUCAAGUCGUUUUUCAGGCAGUGGAUCUGGAUCUAGUUUCACUCUGACCAUCAGUGGAGUCCAGACUGAAGAUGCAGCAGUUUACUACUGUAAGAGUCAACACUACAUCAACAGUCAGCAUGUGUUCACACAGUGA